AUGCACCCUGGGGCUCCCGCAGGCCCUGGAAUCUCGGAGUCAGGCCCCCGGGAGCUGUGCGCCUUUGUGAGCGGGGCGGCUGCCCACGUGCUGCGUGCCCUACACCCACGGCGGGCCAGGCCCCCCAAAAGGAGACCCAACCACAGGCGGUUCCUACACAACCAGAUCUGCAGGCAGUUUGCCAAGAUCGAAGCUGCCACCCAGCGCCUGGCCAUGUCCAUCCUGUCCCAGGAGGCGCCUCCCCAGAGACCGCCGCCCCAGAGGCCGCCCCCACCACCUGCGUCCCCCUUCCUGGGCGUGGCCUGUGCCGUGGCGCCCACCGAGGCACCCCAUGCUGGCCCCAGCCUGAGUCUCGCUGCCCUGGAUGCCUCCACCCUCGACCUCUUUGAGGAUAUUGCACUCCCCCCGCCGUGUCCUUCAGCACCAUCUGACCUGUCCCUUUGUGCGCUGGGCCAGCCGGCCCUGAGGCAGGACACACGGCUCUAUGACCCCCUGCUCCCUCCCCCGCGUUCCCUGGGGGGAGGGGAGCAGCUCUUGGCUUCCGAGGGUCGCUGGGGGGGCAGGUGGGAGGUGUCUUGUGCCUGCCCUUCUCAGGGGACCCCCGAAGGCUGGGGGACCUGCUUCCCGUGA